GCAGUGCACCAGUCUUUCGGCGUACGUGCAGGGUUGUGUACGGCAGGCACUACAUUGUCUGUCAGAAAGGUCACAUUUUUUACCCAGUUUUAACCACCAAAAAAAUCAACUAAUUCACCAAAAUGUCUGGUGGUUUUGACGAAGAAUCCCAAAACAUCAAGAAGCUGAAGGCUGAUAUGCCGGACAUGGGCUCAAUGGGACGGACGAUGUCCUUUUCCGGCGACGACAGUUACGUCGAUACGGUGUCAAAGUUCGCCCGGGCCGGCCAGGGCUUUGGAAUGGUGGGCACCGGUAAAUGCGUCGCGGUCUUCACGAGCGGAGGCGACUCGCAAGGAAUGAAUGCUGCUGUACGUGCUGUCGUUCGAAUGGGUAUCUACGUUGGAUUCAAAGUCUAUGCUAUACAUGAGGGCUACCAAGGCAUGGUUGAUGGCGGCAACUGCUUUAAAGAUAUGACGUGGAAAGACGUCUCUGGUAUUAUUCAACGGGGGGGUACAGUGAUCGGCAGUGCCCGGUGCCAAGACUUCCGCGAGCGCUGGGGAAGGAAGAAGGCGGCGCUGAACCUGAUCAAGCGUGGCAUCAACAACCUGGUGGUGAUCGGUGGGGACGGCAGCCUGACGGGGGCUAAUCUGUUCCGGCUAGAGUGGGCGGAGCAUCUGACUGAACUCUCGGAGGAGGAGUUAAUCACAGAUGCAGAGAAAGAACAUUGCAGUCACUUGAACAUCGUUGGAAUGGUCGGUUCCAUUGAUAAUGACUUCUGUGGUACGGACAUGACCAUCGGAACCGACACUGCCUUGCAUCGGAUCAUUGAAUGUGUGGAUGCCAUCUCAACAACUGCACAGAGUCAUCAGCGGACCUUUGUUCUAGAAGUCAUGGGUCGUCACUGUGGUUACCUGGCCUUAGUGGCUGGUUUGGCCAGCAGUGCUGAUUGGAUCUUCAUCCCAGAAUGGCCUCCCGAGACCAACUGGCAAGAUAAACUCUGCAAAAAAUUGACCCAGACUAGAGAGUUUGGCAAGCGGCUGCAUAUUAUCAUUGUUGCGGAGGGUGCCAAGGAUCAACAGGGCAACCCUAUCACAACGCAGCAAAUCAAAGAUUUGAUAGUCACACGCCUUGGCCAUGACACGCGAAUCACCGUUCUUGGUCACGUGCAGCGCGGAGGGAAUCCCUCGGCAUUUGACAGAAUUCUAGGUUGUCGUAUGGGAGCUGAAGCUGUACUCUCAUUGGUCGAUGCCGAUCAGGAAAUGCCGGCCUACGUGGUUACCUUAGAUGGCAACAAGGCCAUCAGAACGCCCCUGAUGGAUUGCGUCACUAGAACACAAGCGGUUGCCCAGGCUCUAAAGGAAGGCAAGUUUGAAAUGGCGGCUGAGCUAAGAGGAAGGAGCUUUGUAAACAACCUGCGUACAUACCUAACCUUGACUCGCCUGAAACCACCAGACAAAGUCUGCAGCCUAGACGGAAAGACUUGCGCGUCCAAUAUGAACGUUGGCGUGAUGAACAUUGGUGCUCCCGCAGCCGGCAUGAAUGCUGCCAUCCGUGCGUUUGUCAGGACGUCGCUGUUCAACGGCUACAGCGUGCUGGGAAUCCAUGAUGGCUUCGAAGGACUCCUCGAAGACAACGUCCACCAUAUUGGCUGGAUGGACGUGGGGGAUUGGGUCCGAAUCGGUGGCUCAUUGCUGGGAACCAACAGUGGUCUGUUUCCAGGGAAUACCAGCCCAAUGCCUCAUGGAAUGACACCGGCAAAGAUUCUUGACAAAGUCGCCGAGAAAUUCAAGAAAUUCAACAUUCACGGCUUACUGGUGAUUGGGGGAUUCGAGGGUUAUCAGAGCAUCAUUGAGAUGUCGGAGGCUCGUGAUAAGUACCCAUCACUCUGUAUUCCCAUGGUCAUCAUCCCAGCUACGGUCAGCAACAAUGUGCCAGGCGCAGACUUCAGUCUGGGGUGUGAUACCGCCCUCAACGCCAUAACAGAGGCGUGUGACAAGAUCAAGCAGUCGGCCAGCGGCUCCAAGCGCCGCGUGUUCAUCGUGGAGACCAUGGGCGGCUACUGCGGCUACCUCGCGACGAUGAGCGCCCUCGCUGGUGGUGCUGACGCCGCAUACAUCUUUGAGGAGCAUUUUGGCAUCGCGGACCUGCAGGCGGACGUGGAGCAUCUGAAGGCCAAGAUCUCGGACAAUGUGCAGAGGGGACUGCUGCUCAGGAAUGAGAAAGCCAACGCCAACUUCUCCACGGAUUUCAUCCAGCGGCUGUUUGCUGAAGAAGGCAAGGACGUCUUCACCACACGCAAUAAUGUGCUGGGACACAUGCAGCAGGGAGGCUCACCAUCUGUGUUUGAUCGUAACAUGGGCACCAAGCUUGCUGUCCGGGCAUCGGAGUUCCUCCGAGAACAAAUCGAGAAAAACGUGAAAGACGGUGUUGUGUACACCAACAGUCCAGACACGGCCUGCUUGCUGGGCAUACAGAAGAGACGUCUUGGCUUCAGGCCAGUCCAGAAACUGAAAGCAACCACCGAUUUUCAACAUCGCAUCCCCACAAACCAGUGGUGGAUGAAACUCCGCCCACUGUUGAGGAUCCUUGCCAAGCAUGCCAGCACGUACAUCGUGGAGUCAGAGGUACAAGAAACCUGCUGUGAAUGAAAGCGGGCUGCGUGUGAGUCCUUAAUUCAGCCCAGUUGUCAACCAAUACAAAUUGCCUGAAUUCAGAACAACUCAGAAAUAUAUACCAUUAACUCUCGUUAAUGCAACCUUGCCCUCGCAAUUAUUUGCACAAUAGACCUUUAUCAUGCUGCCACCAUUUCAGCCAUGUUCCCUGUAUCCAGUAACAGU